UAACGCACUCGGUCAGCGGUCCCUUCACGGUCGCUGGUCGGCUGGCGCCUCUCGCGUUAACGUCUUGCCGGCUGUUAGCAUCGCGCCGCGGGGCUAACUUGGAAGGUGUGACAGAGGAAGCUGGAGUUGUGUGUCUGUGUUGCGAUUGUUGUCGUUGUCUGUGAGCGGGCUGACGGGGAUGGGACGGGGGCAGCUUCCCCAUGCGACCGUGCAGCGUCCACUGACAGCGGGGGAUAGCUUCCACCUCCCCUCGCCUGUGGUUUUGAGACCCAAUGUUGCUACGGGAAGAACCAGACAAACUGAGACAGAGCACGCCGUGAAUGAGUGGUGCGUAGGUAAGACACAAGAAGACCCCAGGAGGAGAGACCCUUAUUCUGAAUCGUGUAACAGAUUGAAGCAGAAUUUGGUGGUCAGACUGUUGCCAUGUCGACCUCAUCGCUACGGCGACAAGUAAAGAACAUCGUCCACAACUAUUCAGAGGCUGAAAUCAAGGUUAGAGAGGCGACAUCCAAUGACCCAUGGGGCCCCAGCAGUUCUCUGAUGUCAGAGAUUGCUGACCUGACCUACAAUGUUGUGGCCUUCUCUGAAAUCAUGAGCAUGGUAUGGAAGCGCCUCAAUGACCACGGAAAGAACUGGAGACACGUGUACAAGGCUAUGACUCUUAUGGAGUAUCUAAUCAAGACGGGUUCAGAACGUGUUGCCCAACAGUGCAGAGAGAACAUAUACGCAGUCCAGACCCUCAAGGAUUUCCAGUUCAUAGACAGAGAUGGCAAAGACCAGGGGGUUAACGUGCGAGAGAAAGCCAAACAGUUGGUAACACUGUUGAAAGAUGAGGAGAGACUAAGAGAGGAGAGGAUCCACGCCCUCAAAACCAAAGAGAAGAUGGCACAGACCUCCAGUGCUUCCUCGGCUCCCUCAGCACCCAGCCUGGGGGGCAGCUUGUCAUUGGGCUCCCAUUCUGGAGGGGCAGAUCCUGAGCAGGCCUGGCCACAGAGCUCCGGAGAAGAAGACCUGCAGCUCCAACUGGCUUUGGCGAUGAGUAAAGAAGAGGCCGAGCAGACUAGCAAGGACCCUCUGGAGGACGCAGAGCUCCGCUAUGCACUCACACUCAGCAAAGAGAUUCAACAAAAGGAGGAGCGACUGCGCAGAGGCGAUGACCUGAGACUUCAGAUGGCCCUCGAAGAGAGCAGGAGGGAGAAAACAAAGCCAGAGGAGGGCGCUCUGAUGGAGCUAAGUGCCGCAGACCCCUGGGGGGUCCCUGCUGCUGCUGCUGCUGCCGCCCCUGUGGGCUCUGCUGGGCCCUCACCUCCACCCACAGGUCCUGCCCCUGCUGCCUCGGGCCCCUGGGGCGCAGCCCCCUCAGAUCCAUGGGGGUUGGCAUCACCCACGUCUCCUACAAGCUCUGACCCAUGGGGUGGGGGAGCCCCACCCACUAUAGGCCCUCCUCCAGAUCCCUGGGGAGAGACGUCCAACAGAAUUAACAACGUUGACCCCUGGGGAAGCUCAGCUGUGACCCCCCCAAGUGCCGACCCCUGGGGCCCCUCAGUGCCUCCCAGCACUUCCUCCUCGGGGGGCCCAGUAGACCCCUGGGCGAGGGACGGGCCUGUCCCUGCCUCUGACCCUGUCAACUCCGACAUCUGGAGUGGCAACGCCAAACACACUAAUGGCACAGGAGACCCAGAGCGACGAGGGUCCUCUGCAACAGGCUGCGACAGCACCGGCUCACCGGUGCCCUUUGACCUGUCGUCUAUCGGUUCAUCCCUCCCUGUUCGGAAGACUCCAGAGUCCUUCCUCGGCCCCAAUGCAGCGCUGGUGGAUCUUGAUUCUCUGGUGUCGUCUAAACCCAAACCCAAACAACCGCCACCUCCCUCCAUCUCUUCCUCUUCAGCGCACAACCCUUUCCUCCAGAACACAGGCUCAUCUCCUGCUCCUGGCAUGGCAGUAACUCCAGGCAGCACCAUCUCAAGUCGGGGGGUUUCACCCAUACCUGCCUCCUCCAACCCGUUCGGCGUGGCUCCGACCAUGACUUCCAUCUCACCUCAGCCCUCAUUACUUGGCCUGAGUGGCCUCCGCACCAGCCCCGUGCCUCCCAACCCCAUGCUGGGCAUGGUGCAACCAGGAAUGGGCAUAGGGCCGAUGAGUGUGGGCAUGGGUCCUCCAGGAAUGGGCCUGGGCAUGAUGCAGGCUAGCCCCAUGGGCAUGCCCUACAGCGGUCUCUCCCCUAUGGGGCCCCCCGGCUCGGCUCUGCUGGGGGCCGGAGGUGCAGGACCCCCUCAGCUGAUUUUGGGUGGGCCCACUCUAACAGGAGGGGUGAUGGGGGCAGGAGGAUCAGUGGGAGACGGAGGAACAACGGGAGCUAGCACCAACCCUUUUCUUCUUUGAGGAAAUGUCACCACUCACUUUCGCUCACUUCUUUCAACCUCUUCUGUCGUAUCUGCUACCCCCUUCAUUCAUCCCCCUUCAACACAAUUUAUGUCCAAAAGAAAAAAAAAUGUCUACAUCUCUAUAUUUCAAGAAAAGAAAAAAAAAAGAAAAAAAAUCAAAAGUUUAUGUUUCUUUUCCUUCAAAAAGCAUUAUUUCAUUUCAGAAUUAUUUUCCACAUUUAGCUACUUUCAUUUCAGUAUGGGUUAUUUUGGGGUGGGAAAUAGAGAUUUAUUUAUUUUUGUUUUAAUCCUUUCUGUUCUGUAUCGUUCUUCAUGUUGUGUUUUUUUUCUGUCCUGUCUGAGAUGAAGGUAAGUCUGUGAGAGCAGGAGUCUUUCAGUAGUGUCACUCUAUUCUAAUAUUACUGCACUGAGAGAGAGACGGAGGGCCAGGGGACAUAGCCACUUACAAACUGAACAGAGAAACUGUCGUACCUGCCUCUUCCUCUUUUCUCCCUCUAGAAUGAAAACAAACACUGAAUCACUGAGGUGGAACGAGUGCAUGAGGGAUGAUUUUUAAUGAACUCCAGACUUGAGAUACGGACUGAAAAAUCUGCAUUAAUGUUUCGGGCACAAUGUGGUCAAAUAUUUUCAACUAUUUCAGUUUUAAUUUAAUCUAAUGUUAAAUGUAAUUUAUUUUUUUUCCAAUUUUUGGGAACAAAUAAACAAGGAAAAUCAAACAUGAUGCCAUUUAAAUCAAAUGUGUAUUUAAUUUUUUUUCUUCCUGAUUAUUGUAGAAAACUAAAGAGAGCCCUGACAUCUGUGGUCUGAUGGGGAAACUUGGCAGGGUGUUUAUUUGUGUGUGUGUGUGUGUGUGUGUGCGCGCGUGCACGUGUGUGUGUGCGCGGGUGCGUGCGCGUGUGUGCGUGCGUGCGUGCGUGCAAAAAUGUGUGAAUAACAACCAAAAUGCUCAAUUGUGAGUGUUAGUGUGCAGAUGCCUGUUUGUGUGUGUCAAUAUCUGUCUCCCUUUUUUUCUGUCCGAUCUUAUUUCGUUGACUCAGAAAGGAAGAAAACAUUAUUUUAUUUUUUAAAAAUUGUCACGUAUUAAUUCUAUGUAAUGUUGGGAUUUCGAAUGAGGUAUUAUAAGGGUCACACAUUUCUCUGCCAAUCUUAUUUAACAUUUUUUUUCUCCCCUUGUUAAUCAGAAACAUUUGGUUUAUUCUUUUUCCCCCCAAUCAAAUUUCACAUGGGAUCCCUGGUGCACAGGUUUCCCCAAUCACCGCUUCCCCUGUGUGUCAUCCCUUGCUCCUUCGGGGAGGGAGAGCUACUGAUGCUUCAUUCGAAACGCAAAGACUAUUAUUUCAAUGAAUGAAAGAAAAAGAAAAUGGGGAUUUGAAGACACGCUCCAUGCUGUUAUUUUAAUUUAGUUAGAUGAAUUUAUUGUUAUUUUAUAUCAACAGGAAAAAAAUAUCUUUUAUCGGGUAAGGUUGAAUUUUGUGUGGUGUUGACCGUGAACAUUCACAUUCGCAAAGUAAAAUGGAAAAAAAUAAAAAUAAAUUUAUGAAAUAAAAUAAAAUCACAGGA